AUGCAACCUAAAGCUCCCUCGAGGCGGCAUGCAUGUGUACGAUGCAUUCAGUUGAAAGUGAAAUGUGUUCCGGUUGAGAAUGGACGGUGUCAACGAUGUGCGAGACUCGACCGACACUGUGCUUUUCCAGACGGCUCGCGUAGGAAUACAAGCAUCAGAAAUAGCCGCGUCGAUAUCAUCCAGCAUCAGAUCGAUACACUUGCUGCUCAAUUAUAUACUGAAAAGGGCUCGAGGGUGGGACUGCCACCUACAACAGAAACGCCAUCCCCUUCUACCAUCAGUAGUACUUCGUUACAGCCAAGCCCUGUACCUGAACCGUUUAACGAUUUUAUUACCCGGGGACUUCUCAAUAUUACUCAGGGUGAAGAACUUCUCUUGAAGUUCCGUACUGACUUGAUUCCCCUGUUUCCAUUCGUUAUUUUACCUGAAGUGAACUUUGUUGAAUUGCGCAAGCAGUCUCCAUUCCUUCUCUUGUGUAUAAUAACAGCUUGCCUCGAGCACAAGCCCACUCUACAGCAGAAAUUGGAAUCUGAAGCUCGAACCGUUGUCUCUACCCGCAUAGUAAUGAAUAUGGAGAGGGACAUGGAUACACUUCGGGGGUUACUGGUUCAUAUCGCAUGGUAUCACGAUCCUUGGCGUAUCUAUCAUACCCAGGUGUACAUGCUUCUCCAGAUGGCUAUGGCCAUCGUUGUUGAUUUGGGACUUGACAGAUACAACAACUUCAAAAUGCAGUGUAUCUCUUAUAAUGGAAAAGGGACGGAGGAGUUACACAAAGGACAAGUACUAUAUCUGACUUCUGAUGGGCAGCGUGCCUUCUUAGGGCUGUUAUCUAUGUUCCAAUCGCUUGGGCAGCAAUCGGAGCUAGAGGUCGAAGACCCUAUCCGUGCGAUGAGCAAGGACGAGCUGUUCCAGUCUAUGGACGUGCUUGAGAAUCAAAUCGAGCAUCUUCUUGUACAAGAAACACAGUGGUCCCUGCGUUUUGAGCUCAAGGCAAUUCCUGCCAUUGUUCUCGGGCAUGCUCUUCGGCAACAAAGAGAUGUCCAUCGCCAGUAUGAGAAACAGCAACGGCUCACCAUUGCGCGUUCCGCGUUCAAUAUUGUGAUGAUAUUCCUUGCAUCGCCGGCUUCGGUCACACCUAAUCUCCCUAUGUUCAGUUACACAUCCAUCUGGUACGGCCUUCUUGUUUUAUCGAAGCUGAGCUUGCUUUCGGAUACCGCGACAAGAGGCAAGGCAGUCGAAGUCUAUAACAAAGAUAUCCACAAUCUCGGCCUUGCUGCUAUGCAGAAAAUGGAGGCAAUGUCACGAAGAAACGAUGUUUGGGAUAAUUGCCGUACAGUGAUUGGAUCCAUGCUCUCAUGGUUAGAGAGCAGUCGGACACAGCCCCAAUCAGUACAAGUUCGAGGAGAUACAUCAAACACCCAGGACGCUGAGAACGCUCAUAUGUUACCACAACCAAUACCCGAAUAUCCCCCUCGAGCCACAGAGUCUGCAGCGGUAGUUGAAGAUUGGGAUGCUACUGUAUGGCAACAGAUGUUGCAAGAUUUGACCUGGAUAGAACUACCGGUGGAGUAG